GUAUUUCUUGUACGGUGGAAGUGUGAAUAUGAACCCAGUUAUUUAGUCUGUUAAUUAAUGUGUUGGCACAAAAAUAAUAUUAUUUACGCAUCAUUAGAAAGGUGACAAAUAAACUAUGGAUGUCCUUACAUUGCAGUCAAGAACCAAGCUUAUACAAACAGGUCUUCAGCUGAUUCUGUUAAUGAAUCUGACUUCAUAUCUAUGGCCACGAGACACACCUUUAGAUGAAAUUGCUAUAACCAGCUAUGACUUCAUCAUAGUCGGAGGAGGUACGGCAGGCUGUAUCCUCGCUAACAGACUCACUGAGGAUGGCAAUUACCAAGUACUGCUCAUAGAGGCUGGUGGAGAUCCACCUUUGGAAUCCGUUUACCCUGGAACAUUCAACUACCUCCCGAAUUCUCAAUACGACUGGAAUUUUACAACGAUCAACGAUGGCUACACGGCCCAAGAGCACAAGAACAAAGUUCUAGAACUUACCAGUGGGAAAAUGCUUGGAGGCAGCAGCAGUCUAGGCCAUCACUUCUAUAACAGAGGAAAUCCGAAAGACUAUGACACUUGGGCACAUAUACUUAAAGAUGAAGCAUGGAACUAUAAGAAUCUUCUACCAUAUUUCAAAAGAUCUGAAAGUCUAGAUGACGAAGUUAUUCUAGACUCACAUAACGCCAUAUUUCACGGGACUAAAGGAAAUGUGGGACUAACUAAACAACAUCAUAAAGUUAGUCAUAAAUAUUUGAAAGCUUUCAAAGAAGCAGGACAUAAUAUACUGAUGGAUGCAAAUGGAUUUCAUACAAUGGGUUAUUAUGAACCAAUACUUAUGAUCAAAAAUGGUUAUCGACAAAGCAUGGCGUAUGCUUAUCUAACGCCUGCUAAAUAUCGUGAAAAUUUACACGUGCUUAAAGAAACAGAAGUUAUUAAAAUUAAUUUUGAAGGUAACAGAGCUAUAGGAGUCACAGCCGUGAAAAAUGAUAAACUGAUAACUAUAGAAGGUCAAAGAGAAGUCAUUAUUACGGCAGGUGCCAUUAAAUCUCCUCAUCUACUGAUGCUCUCAGGUAUAGGACCUAAAGACCAUAUAGAAAGCCAUGGGAUUCCUUUAGUAGCAAAUCUGCCAGUUGGCAAAAACUACCAAGACCAUGUAAGCGUAAUUUUGGCUCAUAAAUUUAAUAUCAAAAGCAAACUACAAGUUGCAGAUGACCCACAUAACUUUCCUUGGCCUACAGUUGCAGGCAAUGUUGCUCUGAAUAAGGUUCAGACUUAUCCAGAUUAUCAGACUAUAAACUAUGUCAUACCAAGUGAUUCUGACGCUAUAUUAUCCUUAUGUUCUACAGUUUACUCUUUCAACGAUGAUAUAUGCCAAUCUUUGUAUAAUUUAACUAAAGGUAGCGAAACUCUUUUCACAAAAUUAGUAUUGUUAAAUCCAAAAUCAAGAGGACAUGUUCUUCUUAAAAACAAUGAUUAUAAAGUACCUCCAAUUGUAAUAUCAGGUUUCUUUACUCAUUUUGAAGAUAUGGACGAUAUUAUAGAUUACAUAAAUGAUUUCAUUCACGUAGCUGAUACGAAAAUGUUUGAACACUAUAAUGGUGAACUGGUACAUCCAGAUUUGACUGAAUGUAGAAAUAUUCCAGUAGACACUUCAGCGUAUUGGAAGAACUAUGUUUUAGCUAUGAUGGGGUCAAAUCAUGAUUUUAGUAGUACAUGUUCUAUGGGGUCUGUGGUUGAUGGAAGAUUGAGGGUUUUUGGGAUCGAAGGUCUAAGAGUGAUAGAUGCUAGUGUGAUACCUUUGAUAACUAGUGGAAAUACUCAGACUGCUGUUAUGGCUGUAGCUGAGAAAGGGGCUGAUAUGAUUCUAGAAGAUUCUAAGAGGACUUAUUAAAGUCUUGAUUGUGUUAUUUCUGUGUGUGAUUUAAAUAUUUAUUUAGCUCUCGAAAUUGAAGACUUUAUUUUCUUUUGAUUUGUAUGUUAUGUUCUCAAUCUAUUCAGUCCUUUAUUUAAUUUACUUCUGCUUUUGUUAGAAUCAUCGUUUAAAUGGAUCCCUUAAAUUGCUUUCGUGCCGGCAGUAGUAGACGUGUAGUAAAAUCUAUGUAUGUACUUUAUAAGAUUAUGUAAAAUCUAACACAUAAGUAGUUA